AUGAAGGCUGCGGAGAGGGAGGCCCCUGAUGCACACUUCACUGUGGACAAACAGAACAUCUCCCUCUGGCCACAAGAGCCUCCUCCCAAGAGGAAAGCGCCCACGGUCCGUGCUGCAUUGAUCUGCCUGACGCUGGUCCUGGUUGCCUCUGUCCUGCUGCAGGCCAUCCUUUAUCCCUGGUUUAUGCGCACGAUGUCAGAUAUGAAGACCAAUGCCCAGUUGCUGAAAGGUCGUGUGGACAACAUCAGCACCCUGGGUUCCGAAAUUAAGAAGAACAGCGGUGGUGUGGAGGCAGCUGACCUGCAGAUCCAGAUGGUGAAAGCCAGCCUGGAUUAUGCACAUUCUCAGAUGCUCAAGUUGAAAACCAGUGUGGAGAAGGCCAACACACAGAUCCAGAACUUAACAAGAAGUUGGAAGGAAGUUGAUACUUUAAAUGCUCGAAUUCCAGAGUUGAAAGCAGAUUUGGAUAAAGCCAGUGCUUUAAAUGUAAAAGUCCGAGGACUCCAGAGCAGUUUGGAGAUUAUCAGCAAAUCGCUAAAACAACAAAAUGACAUUCUACAGACGGUUUCUCAAGGCUGGAAGUACUUCAAGGGGAACUUCUAUUACUUUUCUCCCAUCCCAAAGACCUGGUACAGUGCCCAGCAGUUCUGUUUGUCCAGGAAUUCACACCUGACCUCGGUGACCUCAGAGAGUGAGCAGGAGUUUCUGUCUAAGACAGCAGCAGGACUUAUCUACUGGAUCGGCUUGACCAAAGCAGGGAAUGAAGGGGUCUGGUCCUGGGUUGAUGACAGUCCAUUCGACAAGGUCCAGAGUGCAAAGUUCUGGAUGCCAGGUGAGCCCAAUAAUACGGGGAACAAUGAACACUGUGCCAAUAUAAAGGUGUCCUUGCUUCGGUCCUGGAAUGAUGCCUCCUGUGACUAUAAGCUCUUUUUCAUCUGUAAGCGGCCCUACGUCCCAUCAGAACUAUGACAAGACUGGCCCCUAAACUCAACCUUUGAGCUCCACUACUCGUUGAA